AUGGAGCACGACGCGCCCCCGCACCACGCCCACGACGACGGCGCCGUCGACGACUGGGCGCGCGACGACGCGGAGCCCUCCUCCCAUGGCCACGACGCGGGGCCCUCCCACGCCCACUGCCCCGAGCCCUCCUGCCGCCUCGGCGCGGAUGCGGACGCUGCUGCUCAUCCCGCGCCACCGGCAGAAGGUGUCAAUGGCAUUCAGUCAUCACUUCAGGCUAUGGAGUUGCAGGCAAAUGCUGCUGCUCAUGAAGAUGUUCAAAUGGUAGCAGAAGAGGACGAGGAAAAAAAGCGCCAUUUGAAUGUGGUUUUCAUUGGCCAUGUUGAUGCUGGAAAGUCGACUGCUGGAGGGCAAAUAUUGUUCUUGAGUGGUCAAGUAGAUGACCGGACCAUCCAGAAAUAUGAAAAAGAAGCAAAGGAUAAAAGUCGUGAAAGCUGGUAUAUGGCUUAUAUUAUGGAUACAAAUGAGGAAGAGCGACUUAAGGGGAAAACUGUCGAAGUUGGUAGAGCCUACUUUGAGACUGAAAAUACAAGAUUCACUAUUUUGGAUGCACCGGGCCAUAAAAGUUAUGUUCCAAAUAUGAUAAGUGGUGCAUCGCAAGCUGACAUUGGCGUUCUGGUCAUAUCUGCUCGAAAAGGUGAAUUUGAGACUGGUUAUGAAAGAGGAGGGCAAACUCGUGAACAUGUACUGCUUGCAAAAACUCUAGGUGUUGCUAAGUUGAUAGUUGUCAUCAACAAGAUGGAUGAACCUACGGUACAGUGGUCUAAAGAAAGGUAUGAUGAAAUUGAAGGAAAAAUGGUUCCAUUUCUCAAAUCUUCGGGAUACAAUGUUAAGAAAGAUGUCCAGUUCUUGCCAAUAUCUGGUCUUUGUGGAGCCAAUAUGAAGACCAGGAUGGAUAAAAGCAUUUGUAGCUGGUGGGAUGGUCCUUGCCUUUUUGAAGUUCUGGACCGUAUCGAAGUUCCUUUGCGUGACCCCAGAGGCCCAGUAAGGAUGCCAAUAAUUGAUAAAUAUAAAGAUAUGGGCACUGCUGUAAUGGGGAAAUUAGAGUCUGGGACUAUCAGAGAGGGUGACAGUUUGUUGGUUAUGCCGAACAGGUCAAACGUGAAAGUCAUUGGUAUAAACUUGGAUGAGAAGAAAGUACGGCGUGCUGGACCUGGUGAGAAUGUUCGUGUCAAACUGUCUGGAAUUGAAGAGGAUGAUAUUAUGGCUGGUUUUGUUCUUUCAAGCGUUGCUAAUCCUGUUGGCGCUUUCACUGAAUUUAAUGCUCAACUGCAGAUUCUAGAGUUGCUCGAUAAUGCUAUUUUCACUGCUGGCUACAAGGCAGUGUUACAUAUCCACUCUGUCGUUGAGGAGUGUGAGAUUGUUGAUCUCAUAGAGGAAAUUGACAUGAAGAAAAUGAAAGAAACAGAUCCAAAGAAAAAGAAGCCAAAGCGGAAGCCUCUUUUUGUGAAGAAUGGCGCAGUUGUAGUUUGUCGUAUUCAGGUGAAUAAUUUGAUAUGCAUAGAGAGGUUCUCUGAUUCCCCUCAGCUUGGAAGGUUUACUCUACGAACCGAAGGGAAGACUAUAGCUGUAGGGAAGGUUGUUGCUCUUCCUCCAGUGGGCCGCACUACAUUUUUAGCUUAAGCCAAUUUUGACAGAAUGAUAGUUCUGAUUGCAGGAGAAUAAGGCGGCUAAUAUAUUUCGGAAGCAGUGAGAUUGAUUUGAGUAUGAUUUUCCGGUCUAGCCCCAUCAGUAACUUAGGCAUAUGUACUAGAUCUGGUCACAUAGGAAUUGAGAUGGGGUGCAUAAUAUGUACUGCUCUGGUCACAUAGGAAUUGAGAUGGGGUGCAUAAUAUGUACUAGCUCUGGUCACAUAGGAAUUGAGAUGGGGUGCAUAAUAUGUACUAGCUCUGGCCACUUGUUUGAGAGGUUGUAAAAUCAGUGUGGAUAUAAUAUAUUGUCCUGGCAAGACGCCGCUAAAUUUAAUACCAAUAUUACAAAAGAUGUCUUACGGUCGAUCUC